AUGGUCACAUAUACAAAGCCUCAGUCAAUACACUUUCGUGUCCUCUGAGAACCAGAAUGACGGCACAGUGGUCACGGGUGGAGCUGAUCAGACUGGUCACGGUGCUGCAGGACUGUGAAGACCAGCUGGCAGUGCUGGGACACAUCAUGCCUGACAGGUUAAAGGAACAUCUUGAGGCAGACAGGGUUGUAUCAGUGGACAAGAUUCUUAAGCAGCACAGUGGAGCAGUGAAGAGUCCAGUGGCAGUACAGCAGUAUCAGGUGGAGGGGGCAGAGUUGGCAGAGGCCACACAGGAGCUGAGGGCACAAGGGGAGUUGAGUUCAAAGCUGGAGACUAAACCCCUGUCACCUGACAUCCUGACCUAUGCGGAGCUUGACAGGCACUUUGUAGCUCAAGUGAUCACUACCUUACGAAAGGAGCUGCAGGAGACUGGAAUGUUCCACAGCCUGCUACAGGCCUUGACACAGGAAAGAAAGAGAAAGGCCCACAUCCGUGACUUCAUCGCAAGGGAAGAGGAGGGUCGACACAGGAUCAAGGCUCUGCAGAAACAGCUUAUGGAUAUCCGCAAGACAAAAUUAGUGGAGCUGCAGCGGCGCGAUGAGAUGACAGCCCACCUAAAGGACCAGCUGCAGAUGAUGAAGGCUAGGAGGACUCUGGAGAAGAAGUAUGUGACCAGCAGCUCUGAGCUACAGGUGUACCAGGGGCAAAAGCUCAACUCCCAGCAGGAAAAGCAGCUGGAGGAUGUGAUCAAGGAACUGAGGGAAAAGAUAGAGGAGGAGAGUCAUGUCCAUACAGAGCUGGUGAAAUUCCUAAAGGAGGACCAGAUAUCCCUUGAGGAGACACUGGAGAUGUGGAUGGAGUGUUACGAGAGGGACACAGAGAACAAACAACAGGAACUCAGCACUCUGAAGACCAACAGAGCCAACAACCUGGCAAGGUUGCAGGAGCUGGCAAAGAAGUACAGGGAGAGUGAGCAGGUGGUGAUCGAGGACAGGCUGGAGAAGGAGAAUCUGCGGAGACAGCGGGAGAAGGAGGAAACGGAAUGGGCUUCUGCUGUCAAGCUCCAGUCCUGGUGGCGUGGGACCAUGGUGCGGCGGGGGUUGGGCCCCUACAAGAAGGGCAAGAAACCCAAAACCAAGGAGAGCAAGAAGGGCAAGAAGAAGAAGAAGUGACAGAACCACAUUUUUUCCAUUAAGCAAUCUCUGCAUCGUCCUUCAGUGCAUCCUGUUAUGUUUGAAUAAAUGAUAAAAUCACAUUAAAAUGACAAAUAGGCCAUUAUAUUACUACAGAUAUAUUAAAGAUCAGAAAACAACAAAACAAUACAGACCAGCUGUAUUAAACACAGACAUUUCCUUGAUUUAUAAAGGACAGAACAUCAGCGUAGAGGUUGUGACUGUGCAAGCAAACCUAAAAGAAACACACAGACAGAGGUGGGGAAACUUUUAUUAUUAAUGCAUUUGAAGAAAAAAAAC